CAGUUGAAAAAUGCGUUCACUUCUGUACAAAAAACUGUUUCUGAUAUUCAUUUCGUUGUGAGAGCAACUUUUGCAAGAAAUUAGAACUUAUGUAAUAGUACCUCAAACUCAGAGUCUUUUUAUCUAAUAUUAGUGCGUAACAUAAAAGCUUUUCUUUAAAGAUUCGGAACUUUUACAUGCAUAGAAACAUCAUUUUAUAUGGUGAAUAAAACAUGACGAUGAAAUAUGUUGAAAGUAACAGUGUUACCUUUAAACAAGACGUAUCAUUCAAAGCAAGAUAUAAAAUGUAAUCUUUUGAGACCCUUUUAUUUUUGCAUUUUGAACUCAGAAAAGUAGAAUUAUGUCUUGAAAAAAUGAGAUUUUCUUGUUCGUCUGAUUUUAAAUUCUAGAUGCAAAAUAAUUAACAAAAACUGUAAUUUUUAUGUUGGAAAGUUGUUCACUAAUGUUAACUUUCUUUUAAAACAACUCCAAGUUCUAUGUUUUUUGUAAUGACAUAGUGUAAAGAGAUUCUCAGUUUAUGGCUUAAAACUCCUAUCAUAAGUUAACCUUUAGUUUAGGUCGCUUGAUGGAACUGAAAUCUUCCAAUAUACACAAAAAAAAAACAUACUUUUAAUUAAGAUUAAGUAUCGUUGAAAACCAUGGGCCCGAAGACGAAUCUUUUAAGCGUUUCAAAUGACAUGCAAGCGUAGAUUUUAUCUUAACCAGUAAAAAUACGUCAGGAUAAUAUUGUGUCUUUUCUUCUCUUGAACCCUUUAUCUUGAUAUUAUUUUUAAUUUUUCACAUCAGAAAACGUGUAAAAAAAAAGGAAAACUAUAUAUGAAAAGAAAUGUAACAUAAGAAUCGAUUGACUCUACAAGUAGAGUAUAAUACGCCAAAUAAAUGAAUUUGUAAUGAGCUUAACAUUCUGCAGAGAAAUGAUAUGAAGAUGAGACAAAAAAAAGAAAAAAAUACAGAAAUUCUUUAGCAUACAUUUAACGAACACAAGAAAAGGAAGACAUAAGAAAAUAAAUAAAAUAGCUUCAAUUUCUGAUAGUCUUAGUUUUUUUUUUGACAAUUCGUGUAGAAAUAUGAGCUUUUUAUUAUCUCUUUCUUAAUCUGUCUACAAACAUUUCCAAAUUCUUUUGAAAUUAAAAAGGUAAGCAGUAUAAUAAAUAAUUGAAUAUUUUUAAUGGAGUUGCUAAUAUCUGAUAAUAUAUCUUUAAAGGAAAAGUUUUAUUAAAAUCUACAUGAAUAUAAUGAAGAUUUUUCUUUUUAAUUUUUUUUUUUGAAGUACUCAUAUUCUUCGAGGUUCUUUCUCGUUCUAUCUAUUAGUCGAUAAAAAAAUGUGAAAUUUCAAUGUUUUCUAUCCCAUACCCACACUCUCUAUAAAAUCUGUAUGAGCAAGUUCUAAUUACGAAACAAAAAUAGUCAUUCAAAUACUUCAUUCUCUGGAAUAUUGAACCAUUAUUGGACGUAUUCAUUUUGAGUAUAAGAGACAUCAUCAGAAAUACUCAAUAGAAAUUUGUUCUUACAGUUUUGUAGAGGUUUUCAUGGCGCAUAUUUAAAAAAAAAAGAAUCAAGAUUACACGAUUGAUCUCUACUGAAAUAUUUGAAAAAUACCUAAUGUCGCCAAACUUUUGGUACACCCGGUAUUAAUAGUUAUUUGAUGACGAAUUUAGUAAUAAAGAAAGUCAAAACGAGAAGCAAAGUAAAUAACUUUUUGAUAGUGUCACCUUCUUCAAAAAAAAGACAAAGAAAACACCCAUUAAAAAGAGAAAUUUGACAAUGAAUCAGAACUUGAAAUGAUGUUGAUUUUAUAAUAAUUUAAAUGGACUUUUCACUUUUUCCUUUCUCUCUUACGUUAUCAUAUGGUUCUCUCGUUUCUCCCUCUAUUUCAGUUCAUCCAUUACGUGGAAGUGCCAUUGACAUUCAUCCAAAUGCUUGCUGGAAACAAAAUGGUAUUACAGUAGCUGGAGGAAAAGAAAAUGGCUAUGGAACCGAUCAACUCGACAAUCCAUGGGGUUUGUUUGUGGAUGAUGAACAAACAAUCUAUGUUGCUGAUCCCAACAAUCAUCGUAUUAUGGAAUGGAGAAGAGAUGUGACGACUGGCCAAGUGGUUGCUGGUGGAAAUGGACAAGGAAGAAAACAUGAAGUGAGACGAUAUCGAAGAGGAGAAUCGGAAGGAACAGUGGUUGCAGGUGGCAAUGGAAGUGGAAAUCGUCUCGAUCAACUCGAUGAGCCAACAUACGUAUUCGUCGAUCGAGAUCAUUCAGUGUACGUAUCUGAUUGGAACAAUCAUCGUGUGAUGAAAUGGUCGAAAGAUGCAAUACAAGGCAUUAUUGUGGCUGGCGGUCAAGGACGAGGAAAUGGUCAUACACAAUUGUCAUAUGCUCGAGGAUUCGUUGUCGAUCAAUUAGGCACUGUCUAUGUGGCUGAUGCAGGAAAUGAUCGAAUCAUACGUUGGCCCAAAGGAGCCACACAAGGAAGUGUCAUUAUUGGUGGAAAUGGCCAAGGGGAAGAAUCGAAUCAACUCAAUUGGCCCUUUGGUUUAUCAUUCGAUCAACACGGCAAUCUCUAUGUCGUCGAUCGCUAUAAUCAUCGAGUGCAAAAAUUUAACAUUGCCUCAAAUGCUUAA